GAUUCUGUGUUUUCAUACAGGUUAGGUUUGAUGUUAUUGUUGUUAAAAAGUAAUUAAUUAUCAUUUAAACAUAUUUUUUCAAAUUAAUAUGACUCACUACCACUAAGUAAAAAAUAUUUUAAUUUUAAUGUACAAUGCUUAAACGUCUGUCAUGAUUUAUAGAAGGUAUGUCUCCCUUACCAGAAGAAAAGUUUCUUUUUUUGUAGUACCUUUAGUGGUUGCAUCGUUUAUUUUUAUAUUAUAUCAGCUAUCAAUAUUUAGGCAACUGUCGAAUGAAUAUAGUAUUAGAAAUAAUUUGAAAUUAAAACUAUUAAGAGGUAUUCAUGAACAGCAGGCGAGGUUCUAUGAACCAAAUAGAGAAGAUAAAUUUACUUGUAUACAUAGUUUGGAAACAAUAGAUUUUAAGCGAGUAAACGAUGACUAUUGUGACUGUUUGGAUGGUUCUGAUGAACCAGGUACCAACGCCUGUCAUAAUGGAAUCUUCUACUGUAGGAAUCAAAAACGCAUUCCAAAAUCGUUACAUUCCUCAAUGGUAAACGAUGGAAUAUGUGAUUGUUGUGAUGGGUCAGAUGAAUGGAAAAAUAUUGAUAUUUUGAACAAUGUCAAUAUUGCACAACAGAAGAAUAUGCACAAAUAUCAUCCCCCUUGCCCUAAUAUUUGUUAAAUAGUGCCUUAAUAAAAAUUAUGUGUAA